AUGGACCAUGCCUCCAACGCAUCCGUCUUGAGCUUGGAGGCUUCUGGCAACCCUGAGAUUGAACGGGCCUGCGAUACACGAGAUGUGACGGACGAAGACCUGCCCGAAACCACAACCCCAAUCAAUCUAUCUGGUGCCCUUGACAAACAAGCAUUACACAGUGACGAGGACGGGUCAACACAGCGCAGUGCGACCUUCGGAGACGCUCACAGUAGCGCGUCAACGAUUCAAGAUGCCAAGGCUACCCCCAGCCUUUUCAACAACCCACCGAACCUAGCGCGCAUACGCAAGGUCCUAUUCGAGUGCAAGGACCCGAUCGAAAUCAGUCUCGAAGAGUUUGAAACAUAUUGGCCUUUUAUUGAUAAUGUAUGGGUCAAACAAAGAUCAAAUGCGAGCAAAGAGGGCCAUUGCACCACCGACUAUUACAUGUGCCGUUUACGACGUCCCACGCACCGCACAUCUGAAACUCGGCCCUUGCCAGAGGGCAAACGCCCUCGCAAAAAGCGAGUCCGAGAGGGAGGCAUCUGUAACUUUCAAAUCAAGGUUGUCCGGUUUGAAGGGGCAUAUUCAACCGUCACUAUCGCGAGAACGCCGGGAAGUUGCAGCAUCCACUCACAUGACCUCGACUACAUCGACCGGGUGAAGCGGAACUCGGGAUUAAUGGAGUACGCGCGCAAAGAAUCGUGGCGUAUACAAAAUCCGGAAGUGAAUCUGGUUGCACACGAGGGCUACGAAUACCAAAAGGGUCAUGGUAUUGUUAAAACCCAAAGCACCGAUGGGGUCAACGAGGUGUCCUCCCAAACCAAACCACCCUCGACCUUGUCCGCUUUGCCCCCGGACACACUAUCAUUCCCUCAAUUUUCGCUAGACUUCUUACAUCCUUAUCUUCCCAAUCACUCAGAGCGCCGAGAGUUCCCACAUGUCACAUUAUCAUACGCAUCGUCCAUGGACUCCAAGAUCUCUCUUCAACCAGGAAUGCAGACGGUAUUGUCCGGACCGGAGGCCAAAUUGAUGACUCAUUAUCUUCGUUCCCGACAUGACGCGAUUCUUGUUGGGGUAGGAACUGUUCUUGCCGAUAAUCCAGGGUUGAACUGUCGUCUGGAAGGGGCCGGUGGGUUUGGAGGCCUGGGGAGAAUGUGGCAACCACGGCCAGUGAUCAUUGAUCCUAUGGGCCGAUGGCCUGUUCAUCCCGAAUGCCGGAUGUUACGUACUGCCGUUGAAGGCAAAGGCAAAGCUCCAUGGGUUGUGUUAUCUCCCGGGGCUCAAAUCAACCCCCAGACACUCGUGAUGCUGAAAGGCUACGGUGGGGAUUUUCUUCGCAUCGUAGAAUACAAUCAACACUGGCGAUUACGCUGGGAAGCCGUCUUUCGUGCCUUGGCAUCGGAGGGUAUUAAAAGUGUCAUGAUUGAGGGUGGUGGUACGGUCCUGAGUGAAUUGUUGAAUCCCGAGUAUACCAGUUUCAUUGACUCGAUUAUUGUGACGGUUGCUCCCACCUACCUUGGACGGGGUGGAGUGAAUGUCAGUCCUGACUCGAAGCAAGAUCAGGAGGGUACCCCCAAUGCAGCACUAAAUCCUCGAGAUGUUAAAUGGAUGCCAUUGGGACAAAAUGUGAUUAUGUGUGGAAAGAUUCGUGAAGAAACAAGUCAUUGA